AUGAAACACGAUGGAAAUAUUUCCUCAAAGAAAAUAGCUGGUUCAAUUAUUGGAAUGGCAAUAGGCGAUGCAUUAGGCGCACAUGUUGAAUUUAGACCAAGAACUUAUUUAGUUGAAUAUCCGGUGACCGAAUUGAAAGGCGGUGGGACAUGGGGAUUGGAAGAAGGUAAGAAGAUUGUUAAAAUAUAUUCCACACCACUGUUAUUUCACCCGAAGAUAUAG